GACAACAACAAUGAUAGCUCUACUGCUGCUGCUGGCGCUGGCCGCUCACUCCUUUGCUGUGCCUCUGCCGUCUGAGGACAAAGACAACUUUCUUUUAGCAGAGAAGUACCUCCGUCGCUUCUAUGGCCUCCCAGCUGGUCUCCAAGGUCGACAGAGGUCAGCAGGUGCCCUCGAAAGCAAGAUCAAGGAGAUGCAGAAAUUCUUCAAACUCAAGGUGACGGGAAAUCUGGACGACAACACUUUGGAGCUGAUGAAGCAGGCCAGAUGCGGCGUCCCCGACAUCGGGGAGUACAACCACUUCCCUCGACACCUCAAAUGGCAAAAUAACGAAGUCACAUUCAGGAUAGUGAAUUAUACACCAGAUCUGAAGAAGGCUGAUGUAGACAGAGCCGUCCGCAAGGCGCUGAACGUUUGGUCUGAUGUCACCCCACUGAUCUUUAAGAAGCUGCACCAAGGCAACGCUGACAUUAUGAUCAGUUUUGGAUCAAUGGAGCACGGAGACCAUAAUCCUUUUGACGGGCCUAAUGGAUUACUUGCUCAUGCCUACCCGCCCGGCCAAGGCAUCGGAGGAGACACUCACUUUGAUGAGGAUGAACACUGGACCAAAGAUUCAUCAGCUUACAACCUGUUCAUAGUGGCCGCCCAUGAGUUGGGCCACGCCCUCGGUAUGUCCCAUUCCACAGACCCAGGCGCCCUGAUGUACCCCGUUUACUCGUACACUACAGGCUACCCGCUCGCUGAGGAUGACAUUGAAGGCAUUCAAGCUCUCUAUGGCCCGAACCCAAACCCAAAGAAAGUGAAGCCAAAGCCUGACGCACCAAACAAAUGUGACCCCAUGUUAUCUUUUGAUGCCGUCACAGAGCUCAGAGGAGAAACCAUCAUCUUCAAAGACAGAUUCUACUGGCGUCUCCAUCCUCAGAUGCCCGAGCCUGAGCAGACAAUGAUCAAGUCAACAUGGCCCUCCAUCCCCAACAAGGUGGAUGCAGCAUACGAAAACCCAGAGAAGGAUGUAGUCAUCAUAUUUAGUGGGAUCCGAAUGUGGGCUUUGAAUGGAUAUAACCUUGUGGAUGGUUACCCUAAGUACAUACACAAACUUGGACUUCCCAAGAAGAUCAGGAAGAUAGAUGCUGCUGUUUACAUCAGAGACACUGGGAAGACUCUGCUCUUUGCUGAUGAGGACUACUGGAGUUAUGACGAAGCAACAGGCACCAUGGAUAGCGGCUACCCACGAGCCAUUGAAGACGAUUUCCCUGGGAUGGAUGAUGAGAUCGACGCUGCUGCUUAUCACUAUGGAUACCUGUACUUCUUCCACGAACAGAUGCAGUACGAGUACAGUUACAACUCAAGAAAGGUCAUUCGCAUCAUGAGGACCAACUCCAUUCUCAACUGCUGAUGAAACUGCCUGUUACCAUCAGUGCUGGCUUAAAAUUAUAUGUGGCUUUACUGAAUACGAGGGGAAAUUGAGACGUGCAGGGUUAACCUGAUACAGUUAAAGUUAAGAAAAAUGUUUAUUUUUACUGGUGCUGGACACACAUAGGCCAUACAGUAUAUUUUUUUUCAGACACAGAAUGCUGAAAAUGUAUUUGCGUAGAUUAUUUCUAUUUAUUUUACAUCUCUAUAUUUGUACUACCAGUCUCACUUUUGACAGCAGGAUCCUGUUAUUUGACUACAUGUUUCACUAAUAUUAAGGAGCUGAGCAGUUUAAUAUAUUUUGUGUUUGUUUUUAGAUUUUUUUUAUUGCAGUUGAUGCAGAGAAGCUUGAUAUCUGAUCUUGGUGUUGAAUUGCUGAACAUAAAGUAAUGUUGUCCCAUUUAGUGACAUUUUAAGGGGACUGCACUUACAGCAUUUCCUCAACAUCGUAGACCUUACUCUGUACAAUAGCUUUUUUUUGCAUGAGAUGAGAUUUAACACUUGACACAAAGGGGACUGUGUCUGAAACAUGCACUAACUCAAACCAUUUUUUUUUUCACAAACUGCUUUAACUAAAUGUCAUUUUAGCACUGAUGUAUUUUUGACAUGUGUGACGUGAAUUUUCUUGUUAGUAUUGUUAAAACC